ACCAUCAGCUGGAACCAUCCUGGAAGUCAGGGCCAGAGCUAGUUCCUGGAGGAGACUCGGCACAGGGCAUGGGUUGCUGUGGGGCCAUUUUCCUGUGCCUGUGCCUUCUGAUGUUGCAGAAUGCAGCAGCAGAGCCACGGAAGGAACUGCGAAUCAUGGAGAAUAUGGAGGCGCCCAAGGCCCGGAGCUCGUUUUCUUUUCCUGGUCAACUCCACCAGCUGGAGCAGAUGCUGCUGAACACCAGCUUCCCAGGCUACAACCUGACCUUGCAGACGGCCACCAUCCAGUCUCUGGCCUUCAAGCUGAGCUGUGACUUCUCUGGCCUCUCACUGACCAGUGCUGCUAUGAAGCGGGUGCCCCAGGCCCGCAGUCAGCAUGCCAUGCAGUUCCCCUCCGAGCUGACCCUGGACGCCUGCAAGACCCGCCCCAGGGAGCUGCGGCUCAUCUGUAUCUACUUCUCCAACGCCCACUUUUUCAAGGAUGAAAACAACUCAUCUCUGCUCAAUAACUACGUCCUAGGGGCCCAGCUGAGUCACGGGCACGUGAACAACCUCAGGGAUCCGGUGAACAUCAGCUUCUGGCACAACCAAAGCCUGGAAGGCUACACCACGACCUGUGUCUUCUGGAAGGAGGGAGCCAGUAAGCAGCACUGGGGGGCCUGGAGCCCUGAGGGCUGUCAUACAGAGCAGCCCUCCCCCUUUCAGGUGCUCUGCCGCUGCAACCACCUCACCUACUUUGCCGUUCUCAUGCAACUCUCCCCAGCCCUUGUCCCUGCAGAGUUGCUGGCUCCUCUCACGUAUAUCUCCCUCGUGGGCUGCAGCAUCUCCAUCGUGGCCUCGCUGCUCACGGUCCUGCUGCACUUCCACGCCAGGAAGCAGAGUGACUCCCUAACACGCAUCCACGUGAACCUGCACGCCUCUGUGCUGCUCCUGAACAUCACCUUCCUGCUGAGCCCCACAUUCGCCACAUCUCCUGUACCCGGGGCAGCGUGCACGGCGCUGGCCGCUGCCCUGCACUACGCGCUGCUCAGCUGCCUCACCUGGAUGGCCAUCGAGGGCUUCAACCUCUACCUCUUCCUGGGGCGUGUCUACAACACCUACAUCCGCAGAUACAUGCUCAAGCUUUGUGUGCUGGGCUGGGGGGCCCCAGCCCUCCUGGUACUGCUUCCCCUCGCUGUCAAGAGCUCAGUGUACGGACCUUGCACGAUCGCCGUCUUCGACAGCUGGGAGAAUGGCACGGGCUUCCAGAACACAUCCAUAUGCUGGGUGCGGAGCCCCGUGGUGCACAGUGUCCUGGUCAUGGGCUAUGGUGGCCUCACAUCCCUCUUCAACCUGGUGGUGCUGGCCUGGGCGCUGUGGACCCUGCGCAGGCUGCGGGCACGGGCGGACGCGCCGAGUGCCCGGGCCUGCCGCGACACCGUCACCGUGCUGGGCCUCACUGUGCUGCUGGGCACCACCUGGGCCUUGGCCUUCUUUUCUUUUGGCAUCUUCCUGCUGCCCCAGCUGUUCCUCUUCACCAUCUUAAACUCGCUCUACGGUUUCUUCCUCUUCCUGUGGUUCUGCUCCCAGCGGUGCCGCUCAGAAGCAGAGGCCAAGGCGAAGAUAGAGGCCUUCAGCUCCUCGCAGACAACGCCGUAGUCUGGGCCUCCUGGCCUGGAACCCUCAGCCUCUCUGGCUGCCAGUAGCCUGAGGACACGGCUCUCACUAGAGAGGGUCACAGGUCUGCUGCAGGACUCCAGAGGCCACUGUGACCCCCAGGGGGCCCUUUCCACUUCCAUGGCCUUCCCAGGCACCAAGGGCAGUGUGUUACCCUCCCUCUCCCUGACAUUUUGCUCUGGGCCAGGUCCAACCCCACCUGGGGCAGCAAACGUUGUCCUGGUACCUGGGCCCAGCUGGCCAGGGAUGUGGGCAGAGCACCAGCUUGGGUGUCAGAACGCCAAGUUUCAAGGCCUGGCUUUGAUUCUGUCUAUAUGGCCUUGGGCCUGCCACUUCUCACCAACCCCAGGUAUCCACAGCUGUGACAUGGGGACAGGCGGCUUUGUUCUAGCCCAGCCUAGGAGCUUGGAGAAGCAUCAGACCCGGGGGAAGAGUGUCAGCAUGGAGUGGGAAUUCCUGUGGCCACCACCUGCUUGCUAGGGGCAGGAUCUCGGCCAACCCACCCUGGAAGCACCUGCUCGGCCCCACCACUUCCUCCUGGGGAGGGCCAGAUGGCAUCCUGGCUUGGGGUGGGUGUAAUCCACCCACCCAGCGUCUGAGACUUCACUGGCCUAUGCCUGAGGCCUCUUUUCCUUUAACUCCCUAAAUUAUGAUGACUCCAAUUCCAAGCCCACCCUUCCCAAAGUCUGGGAGCUUCAGCCUUUCCCAGAGGCUCCUCCUGCAAUGCUCCCAAGACCUCCCUCCAUAGACCUUUCGGACCAGCAGCCCACCCACGGGGGUUCCUUAAGGGCAGAGGAAAACACUUCUUUCUCCUCCAGCAGCUGAACCAGCUGGACCCCAGUGACCUGGCUACUUGGUGAUUGGGCAGGAUUGAAUUUGCCCUGGCAGGCGUGGGAGUGUGGGUUUUAAAUCUGAAGCUCAGGCCAAAGAGAAUCACCCUUGCCCCAGACCUGUCAGACCCCGUGGGAGACAAAGCGCAUGAAGCCAGUGCGUUUCCCAGGACGAACACUAGGGGGCGCCAUUGGCACACUCGGCGGCCCUUGGCGCCAAGACUGCAUCUGGAAUCGCUCAAUCGCUUGUUUGCAGACACCACGCACCAGGUGGAGGGGCCGUAACUGCAGGACUGCGCCUGCUGAGUGACGCGCAGGAGGAAAGGAGAGACACGUUUACAUGGCCAUUUGUCUUUUCCCAGUGCAGCGGUGCGCUGUCACUCUUGGGGGCUGCACCUUGGACAUAGCUGGCACAAGAGCAGGGCUGGGGUAGACACUCAGGGCCCUGUGCCAGGCCAUCAGGCAGUUUUAAUGACCUCGAAGGUCACAGGCAGAAAAUGGGAGCAGGAUCUCCCCUGGGGAAAAGUUCUCCUGGGGCAUCGUCUGCUCUUCUGUACGUUUCUAGAUGCAAAUAGCUCCUUCACGGCAGUGGGUGGCACAGGCUCUGGAGCCAGACUGCCUGGGUGCCAGUGCCAGCUCUGCCACUUGCUAGCUGUGAGACUGUGGGCAAGCCACUCAGCCUCUCUGUGCCUCAGUUUUCCUGUUUGUAAAAUAGAGGCCAUAGCAGUACCUAUUUUGACGACUAAGUGAAAGAAUUCAGAUAAAGAGACUUGGCGCGAAGUAA